AUGGCACCAACGAAAGACAGUCUCGGUUUCCAAUGCACCGUCAUUACCGGCGGCGCUGGUGGCAUCGGAAAGGUCAUGGCCCAACACUUCAUCUCAAAGGGCAAGAAGAUUCUUCUCGCUGGCCGCACCGAGUCAAAACUUCAGGAAACGACAAAAGAGAUUGGAGCUGCAGGCUACUAUGUUCUUGACACCGGCGAUGUCGACUCCAUUCCGAGCUUUGUCAAGAAGAUUACCACCGAUCAUCCGGAAUUGGACUGCCUAGUCAACAACGCAGGGGUCCAGCGACCCCUCGAGGUGCUCAAGGACGAUGACUUCCUCUCAAAAGCCGAUCAAGAAAUCAACAUCAACAUCCGCGGUCCAAUGCAUCUGGCUUUGGGCCUACUGCCACACUUGCAGAAGAAGGAAUCGGCUCUGAUCAUCAAUGUGUCGAGUGUCCUGGGCUUCAUUCCAUUCUCAAUCAUCAACCCGGUCUACAAUGGCACGAAAGCUUGGCUGCACUUCUGGAGCAUGAACCUCCGCACUCAGCUGAAAAAUGGUGGUUCCAAGGUCAGAGUGGUGGAAAUCGCACCGCCGACAGUAGCUACUGAUCUUCACCGGGAACGAUCGGAUCCAAAUGACAACAAGAAGGAGAACAACCCUAACGCUCUGAGUGUGGAUGAGUUCAUGGAGGAGGUUGCAAAGAAGUUGGAAAAUGGUGAUGAGACCAUCGGCCCUGGCAUGGCUGGUGAAGUAAUUGACCGCUGGUACGGUGCGUUUGGCGAGCAGUAUGCUAAGGCGGCGUCCGGCAAGUAA